AUGUCGGCUGAAUUCCAAUAUGAAUCGUUUAUCUCUGAGAAACAACUAAACAAUCAGUCUGUUUCUCUGGUUAUACCGAGGAUCACUAGAGAUAAAAUACAUAACAACAUCUACUACCGAUGUAACCUUCAUCCAGUAUCGAUGAGAGGUGAUACCAUGCUCAAUCUAGCACCCAUUAUAAUAAGAGACCUUGGUAAACUAAGGAAUCCAUACCAGAAACCGCUCAAUGCUACAUUGUUGCUAGGUGGGUCAGAGUUCAAGUGCUUAUUAAUGAAACUUAUAGAGAUAAGGCCUACAUGGGAACAAAUUAUGACUUUAAUAAACGAAGAAAUGGUGGAGGAGUCCUUUGAGAAUAAAUACAUAGUGGCAUUGGUGCUUGUAUAUGGCAGAAUUCAAUACUACUUCUUGACUUUUAGUGAUGAUUAUUAUGAUGAUGCUAUUAAAUGGAGGAGAUUAUUUAAGAAAUAUUUAAAUGAUUACAGAAAGUUAAAGGCAUUGGACCUAAAUGUCGAUUGCUGGUCAACUUCACAAAUGCAAAACGUGGAAUUGAUCCAUCUGGAUGAGAUAGUAGAUUGGCUAGCCACCAAGGAUGAUAUAUGGGGUAUACCCUUGGGUAAAUGCCAAUGGGCUAAUGUUUAUAAUGAUGAUAUCGAGGACUCUUCAUCGGACAGUUCAUCCUCAUCUUCCGAUUCAUCCUCAGGCUCUGAGUCAGACUCUGAUUCGGGUCCUGAAUCAGUAUGA